ACUUCGUAAUCGCGAUCAAGAAGACAUAAAGUAGUUCGGUUUUCGAAAAUGGCGCCAACUCCGUUUAGUUGCCUGGAUCACCGCCGGACGGCGCGGCAAUGUUGCCGCCACUUGUAUACGCGGAGUUUCCAGGCCCUGAACUUAGUCGCGCGCGGUGAACGUUCCGUCCUACCGUCGAAUCUUCGCGCGCGUCCCGUCGAGAGUGACAGUUCGAAAAUCUCUUUACCCGGAAGACGAAUGCUACAUUUCGAGGCGCGCGCAUCAUUACGCUGACACUGGAACGAUGGAACACGAACGAUGCGGUCUUAGUUAAAGUGGCGUGUACAAAUUACAAAGACGGAAAAUAUUGUGGCAACCUCUUGCGAAGCGCGUUCGCGUGGAGGACUAAACUGGCGGUGACUGGUCGCGUUGGAGCGACACGGACUUCACAGUAUACCGUUCAGUCACGUGGCAUUGGAAAUAAAACGCGAUGGGACAGUGUUUAACAGCGAUAAAUAGCGAUGUCAACAACCGAACAGCGAAAAUAGUGAAAAACAGUAAAGACUGAAUUUGUGCGUGCCUGAGCGUGUGCGCGAAGGGUGACGAAUUUUGUUUACGAGUCUCUCGCGCGUCGUUUUGUUUCUCGCGAUUGAUAUCCGUCUCGAAACGAAAGUCACCGAGAGAGCGAGAGGGAGAGAUAGAACUCCCGCGAACUGAUUCCCUUGAUUCGAUCAACGGGCUAUCGUACGCGAUUGUGUUGUGGUGUGCGCGAGAGUACUGUGUACAUUCAGCGUCGGAUUAAGAUUUUGUAAACACCUGGGUUACAGGUACUCGCGAGCAUACACAGUGGCGUAAGUAGCAAUUUUGGAGCAGUGUCGAACUUAUGGCGGGGCUCUUUUAGAGGGAAGUUGAUCCUUCCCUCUAAAUCUCGUAGGUAGGUAAAAACAAAAUAGUAUCUCUUCAUUCUUAAAGCACAAUAAUCAAAGAAUAUUGUUUUAGAGUAACGAUAUUAUCGUACGAAAUAUUGGAGUAAAUUUGAGUAAAGAACUCAUGUUGAGUAUUUAUUUCACAACUUAUGUUUAGGGAAUCGCGUAUAGCUAAAAAUAAUCAGAAAGUAACAGAUACGUUUCUUGUUUGUUAACGAAGUCGGGGACCCGCGUGCUUCGCACGCGCUGCUCACCCUUAGUUACGCCACUAAGUGUAUAUAUAUGUAUACACAGUAGAGCAGUGGUUCUUAACCUUCUUAACCUUUCGGCUCAGUUCAGAAGAUUCUUAAUCUUUCUGAACUCGCUGCACUGUUUAGAGCAAGGGUUCUCAACUCCUAUGAGGUUAAAAACAUAGAACUUUGUUUCAGCAUUCAGAAAAGUACAAGUUUUCAUUUAAAAAUCCCCGUAGGCCCCUUGGGAGCCCUUGAAUUACGUCUCUUGAGCCGACCCUGUAUGUACACAGAACGAACUCAAUGAAAGUGGCGAUCUUGAACUGAUCGAGCAGCGGGUCGUUGCAGACAUCGGUGAUAACGUGCAAGUGCAAGUGGACUAUACGCACUGAGCGCGAAACGACAUAUUCCAAAUGCGUCUUGACCGGAAGUUGAGGAUCGUCGGAUUGGCAGGGUGGCAGAGGAUGCUCGGCUCGAGGGCAGCGGCAGGAGACGAGGUCGCAGCAGUAGCAGUAGCGCGCGUCAGGCGCUUCGGUAGCAGGGGUUCUCACUGAGCUGGCUUACCCUGCGGUGGAUUUAGGGGGCUGUAUGGAGGCCGGGGGGCUCCUGCCCCGCCAGCCCCCGCAAGGCCCCCCCGGCAACGCGCCUGGCUCGAUAUCGGUCUGCGUGGGCCAGGCUCCUAACGCCAAUAACAAUAGCAACGUUAUCGGCCAAUCGGCCGGGAUUCACGAUCUGAACGCGACCGGCCAGUUGAACGUAACCGGUCAACAACAGCUGCAGCUGCAGCAACAAAUGGGUCAAGCACCUGGUAUGGGUGAGGUACUCACCCACAAGAGGCAGGCGGUCGUCGAUCGUCUCAGACGGAGGAUCGAGAGUUAUCGGCGUAGACAAACCGAUUGCAUACCGAGAUUCGAUCAGAGCUUCAACGGUCUCUGCGAGCAGAACAUACAGGACACCCUCGUGCUCAAGCAACGUUUCCUCGAGAGCAAGGCGAAACGGCAAGCCAAGAAGACGGACAAGAAACAAAGCGACCCGAUCGGACUCUCCAACGUUCACGUGGUAAGUCGUGAAAAACUCAACAUAGGCGAGGCUAUAACUAAUUUCAAAAGAAGUUUCUCAUCACAGCAGCAAAAAUUCGUGAAGAGGACGGCCGAGGAGUUGGAGCCAUCCGGUGGCGGUAGCGGUGACGCUGGGUUCGGGGAGCCCCCGGUGAAGCUGCAAUGCACGCAGGCGCAGCAUCAGCACCAGCAAGGUCCCGGAGGCGGCGGUGGGGGUGGGCCUCAUCACGGCCACGGUCAACACACGCCUGGAAACGGCGCGAAUUCGACGGGCCCGACUCACGGUGGCGGCGGCGGCGGUGGCGGAGGCGGUGGGAACGAAGGUCUGACCAAGUUCUCGGUGGAGAUCGUUCAGCAGCUGGAGUUCACCACGUCCGCUGCGAACUCUCAGGCCCAACAGAUAUCGACGAACGUGACCGUGAAAGCCUUGACGAACGCUUCGGUGAAGAGCGACCUGCUGAACGCCUCGUCGUCGCCAAAGUCGGGACCGGAUACGCCAGCGUCGCAGACGUCAAGGUCUCAAACCGGCGGUGGCGGUGGUCCUGGCAACGGUCCUGGCGGUGGAGGCGGUGGUCCACCUCCAGGAGGUGGCAUCGGUUGCGUGGACAUAGGUAACCUGGUGGAGUGCAAGCAAGAACCUGACAACGAGUUCGUUGACCUGGAGCAGUGCGCUGCCGCGCUGGAGAAAGACGCUGCGGCCAACGGCGCCGGGUUCCCCGGGUUCUCCGACUUCAUGGGAGACGAUACGGGCGACGAGAUCAUCACCUCCGACGCCUUCAAGGAUCUCAUUUCCGAGAUCUCCGAUUUCCAUCCGGAGUUCAUGAAGGAUUUCGGCUUCGAGGAGAAGAUACCGGUGGAAGCACUGGCGAACAACGCUGCGGUGGCUGCUGCCGCAGCCGCAGCAGCGAACAACAACAACAACAACAACAACAACAACAGCAUCGGGACGAAUAACGGGCAGAUCAAGAUCGAGGACGACAAGGACUCGAUACACCAGCAGCACGGGAACGCUAAUAACAACAGCGUGAACAACGGCACCGGGACGAACAACGGGAACGUGCCUGCUAAUUCCAGUCCAGGUGCACUUGGCUCGGCCCAGUACUCGCCUGCUAGAUUGCCUUAUUCGAGCCUGGAUUUCAAGUCUGAGAUGAGUCCCGCCGCCCAGACUUUGAAACAAAUGGCCGAGCAGCAUCAGCACAAGAGCCAACAGCUUGGUCUUGGUGGUUUCAACCCCAGCGCUGCCGCCGCAGCCAGAGGACCUACUGCUAGGUCUCCUUACGCGGAGUUCCCUCAAUUCGGUAGCACGCCUGACUAUCUUGGUAGCCCUGGCAGCAACGGACCACCGGGUGGACAGCCCCAAGCGACGACUGGCACCGGUUCUUAUCACAAAAACAACGGCGCGUCGGGAUUCCAGAGCCAGCAGACCAACGACAUGUUCGUCAGCUCCCAGACUCAAUUUGCUACGGGGUUGGCGGACAUGAAGAGACCACAGCCUGCCGGUGGCGGUAAACCGAGCAUGCUAGGUCCAAGCGGAGGAUAUAAGCAGCAGUAUUCGCCGUACGGCGGUAGUCCAGGAUCGAUGCCGAACCACGGGAGCCCCGGUUAUCCGCUUCCACCCAGAGGUUCCCAGGGAGCUGGACCCAAUCAAACCAGCUCCCAGGGACCCUUCACUAGCUCCACGCCGCCGAGACCUCCCUCGGGACCCGGCACUUCCUCCCUGCAAAUCAACCAGGUCCAGCAGCUACACAUCAACAAUCCAGGACAUCAGAUUCAGGUGUCCGCGGGUCAGCACAUGCAGCUCACCGGUGACCUGAAGCCUGGCGUGACCGUGGCCGCUCAACAGGGCAUGUACUUCAACCAGCAGCAGAGCCAGAAUCAGCCAGGACCUGGUGGCCAGACAGACACGUAUUGUUCUGUCUCGCAGUCCCAGACCAUCAACUUCACCCAGCAGAGCCUGAGGCAGCGAGCAGCAGCCGCUGCUGCUGGUGGUGUUCCCCAGCCCGCUGGUGGACCAGGUGCUCGCAGUCAUCCUCAGCAAGUGCCGCCUAAUCAAGUGGAUCAACAUCAGCACGCCAAGCUUCUGCAGCAGCAACAGCAACUGAUGCGCGCCCAGGUGAUGCAACAGCAACAGCACAUGGCUGGAGGAAUGGGAGGCGUGAGACCACCGCCUCCCGAAUACAAAGCGGCGGCUCAGGCCCAAAUGAUGCACGCUGGUAUCGGCAUGGGUCAGCAGCCAAGGUUUCCCAAUACCGGGCCUAUGCGAAGGGUUACGCAACAGCCUAUGCCACCUUCAGGUCCGAUGAUGAGGCCGCAAAUGGCGCAGCAGCAACAACAGACGUUGCACGCUGCCGGGGGCAACAUGUACAUGAGCAGUGGCGGUAUGGCCGCCAUUGGCGGGAUGCAUCAGAUGCAUCAGCGUCUCGGUUAUCCUAGGACUAAUAAUCAACGGCCGCCUAACGUCAGCGUCGGCCCGCCCGACGGCCUUGGGAAUAGCAUCGCGGGCCGUGGCGCUCAGCAAGAGUGGCGACACGUUCUGAUGCAGCAGCAGCAGGGCUUUCAAACACAGAUGCGAUCGCAAUUCAACCAACAAGGACACCAAGGUGGGUUCGCAAUGGGCGGUACGGGCGGAAUGCAAAUGAACGCCGCACAGAUGCAGCAUCAACAGCUGAUUCGGUCUCAGAGUGGAGGUAUUGCUGGCUCCGGUAUGGCCAACAGCACUCAGAUGCAGCAACUACUGUCGCAGCAACACCAGCAGCAGACAUUAGCCAUGCAGCAAAGUAAUAAUCAGAUGUCACUGCAGAUGCAAAUGUCGCAGUCCUCAUCAGUCAACUCUGUCAGCAGUACAGGCACGGGUUCACCUCUGCAUCCGCACCAACAGUACGGCGCAGGUAGUCCAGGUGUGCGCAGCCUGCCGCAGCAACAGCACACGCAACAAUCAACCGCGACGGAUCCGUCCGUGGCCGCCGCGGACUUCAGCCUUGAGUUUCUGGAGAACCUGCCAGCCGGGGACACGUCGAACUUCAGUGCUCAGGAGCUCCUGAAUUCCCUCGACUCCACGGCGAGCUUCAACCUCGAUAUUCUGUAAGGCCACGCCUCUCGCGGUCUAUUCGGGAAUCGCAUAUAACCAGGCCGGUUAAAAACGACGCGGACUAACGCCAAGGGGGAUCGAUCCACCUCCCGCGGCGGUGGACACACGCUCGCGACGAUAUCGACGGAGCUCAUCUGCUCCCCAUCGCGCAACUUCCUCCGUCGCGUAUAUCGUGCGUCGAUUCCUCGAGAUCGAUCGGAACGAAAUCCUCGCGUUCGAUGAGAUCGUCUCGCCCAGGGAACAAGAGGAAACCAAGAGUACGGCGAGUCUGGUUUGACUCGAUGGAAGAUUCGAUGGUGUGGUGUCGGGAGGGUGCUUGAUGGGAGAAGCAUAGAGGUCCCAUGGAAACUAGAGGGUGUAAAACGCCCUUAUGAAGCGUCGAGAACGUGGAGCAUUGAAGAAUCUUUUCUUAGGGUCACCAGAAAUUUUAGAACUUGGUACUUGUGGUCCUGUGGCAAUCAGAUCGCACAGGAAAAUCCCUAUGCAUUGAUUUGUGCAUGACGAGGUUGUACUAAGAGUGAUGAGUCGUUUGAGAGACCACUCGAGACUGAUUUAAAAAGAUCUAAAUGUUUCUUCCACCAACUGUUAUUAUGCAAUUGUUAAUUUUAAGUUGAGAAUGAAUUUAGCUCAGCAUUUCCAUGCUAAGCCACUUCCACUCUUAGCGGAAAAUCAACAUUCAGUUACCUCGUUUUUGACACUAAACCACCCUGUUGACCCUCCACGAGUCAUGAAACACAUCCGCGGUGCUGUCCAGUGAUGUCCAGCGUUUUCAGGGGUGCUAGACCUUGUGGAACAGAACGCAAUGGUGUAUCGAAUUCGUGCACCGUGUAAAAUAGAUACGAUUAGUAAAAGUUUCCUCUGUCGAUCGUCUUGAGAAGCAAGGGCUCACCCAAACUAUCGACCUUUCGUUGCACGAUGGUAGGGGUCUGGUGGAUGUGAUAAAAAGCAUUAUCCUAUACUCGAGGAAUAGUCGACUAGGCGUACAUGCUCCAAUAGGGCCCCUGUACCUUUCAAGAGGAUCGUCAAUGUAACUCUCAUACAAGGAAAAGUCGACAGACUUUGUCCUAAGAUGCGUGUUCACGUGACAUCAAGGUCGUGGCAUGAAUUACAUCUUUAGUUCGUGUUCUCACAUAGUUUCAUGCGAUAAAUUAACCCUUUGCACUCGAGAAGUGACUCUCAGUCACAUCUUAACGUAAUGUGGUAACUUGAGGGUAACUCUCGGUCACCACCAGGUUUGACGCAGUAAAUCAACCAGCAAUAAUGUUUGUUUAGCUUUAAUUAUUUUGGAACUCGAAGUUUCAUAAAUAAAAUGAUUGUCGGUGAAGUAAAGGUGACCGGAUUCUCAAAUCUCAGAUUAGUUUGCGAUCAUAAAUCGGGCUACAUCUUCAAAGUCAAUCUAAGCUUAGCAUUCGUGGCAAUAGAAUGAUAAGAAAGUAUCUUGAAUUGCUGGUAGAUAAAAAAAAGCCUCGAGUGUAAAGGGUUAAAUUAUUUACACAGAGAAUGUAAGAAUUAGAAACGAAGAAAUUUAAAGUGGAGAAAACAUAUGUGGAUCCUGAACGUAUGAAGGGAGUCUCCCGACGUUGUCUUCAAAAUGCCAUGAGAAAUCACACUCAAGUUGACUCUGAGACACCCAAGUCGCUACAUUGAUUGGAACGUCGUGACAACGCGAAUUAUGGUGUUCUCGACGACAAAUGUCGUGACAUUUGCCGUCACGCCAAUGAAAGCGUGACUUAACGCUUUACCUGUCGGUCCAUUUGCGGGAGCCUACCACGCAGGAAUGCGCGGGAUCAUUCAUUCCAUUCUGUAGCUUUUAAAUGAAAAUUGAAAAUGGUAUUUUCCGUACUAAUAGGACCAACUAGCAUGCAUUAGAGUUUCCUUAAAUUGAAUAUUAUGAAUCGACGACCAAGAACAUAGUUACUUCCUUCGGAUCUCGCGCAGAUUACAAUUCGAUGUCCUGCUGUGAGAAGAUGGCCCCUGGCGACGUCCAUAAAUUGGGUCACUCUAAAAUUGCAAAUCGAAGGGCCAUUGUAUCUCAUUAUUGAGGCUACAGUCUCUUUAGGAUUAAUGAGGUCUAACGGUCCUUCGAUCUGCAAUCUUCUCGAAGCAGGACUGUACGCAAAAUUCAUCAAGCCAACUUGCAUUUUACUUUAAAUGUAAGUUCUGGCGUUUAUUGCAUUAAACGAGACAAACGAUAUUAUACCUAACAUCUGAGUUAUAGACUGUACUAUGUUCUUACGUUACUUGGAGUUUCACGUCAACAGUCUAUAGUAAUCUUAAGCUAGUAAGGAGUUAGUGCAGGUUAAGUGGUGUCACGUGAACACGUAUUUUAAGAGAUUGAACCCCCCAGGUGAACGAAUCCCAGGCGAGAACGAUCGUCGUUCGUCAGCGACGUCGAAUGGAUGUGUUUGGGCAACCGGUUCGACGUCGCUCCUCUACAGACAGUAACCGGUCGUAGCGCAUUUUCGGCAGCUAUUCUCUAGGCUGCCGACUAUUCUUUCUAGGCAAUCACGUUUUAGGUAAAAAUUGAAUUUCUUAACGAUAACCGAUCCGAGGUAGCGGAGACGAGAACCAAGAGAGCGUGGUCUCGACUGCGUGGGAAAUCAAGAGUCACCCGAGAGGCAAACGGAAUUUCUGUCCUUCGUGUUUCUCUUUUUUUUUGUAGAAGUCACAUUUGAACUUUGGUUUCUCUCGUCCCUCCUCUACGAAUUAUGGUAGCCUAUGGAGGCUGGCCAGGUGGGGGAUGAUCGACGACACCGAUAUAGCGUCUUUGACGGGCACUUCGAAAGGAACGAUGAACUCCUCUUGAUUUUUCACGCGUCAGUCCGACGAACACUUAGGUACAAUCGACUAUCGGUCCUACACGAUCGAUUAUAACGACGUGUCAUCGACAACGGAGGUCGCAUGUUGCCGUUGCCCUCGAACGGAUCGGUUCGACCUUAGAGGUUUGGUUCACGGCUAAACAAUGUUAUUAAUAACGGCUAGAACGUAGUGUAUUUAAUGAUGCCACGACGGCGUAUCUACAAUUAAACAGAAAGUCAAUUAUGAGAUAUAUAUUCGAUUCGGUGAAUUCCGUGGCCUGUCAUGGCGGGGGCUCGAACCCCUGAUUUGAUCGGUCACGCGGUAGGGUUCGCGUCGUGUUUGACGAUGAAGAAGAGAGAAUGUGAGAGACAGAGAAAAAGAGAGAGAGAGAGAGAGAGAGAGAGAGAGAGACCCUUCCUAAGAAUGCGGUGUUAGUGUUGCUACCGGGGAUAAAUUAAAGAUAAAUCUUGACUGUACAUAGGUAUGCAAGCUAUAAGGAGAAAGUUUCGAGACGAUAAGCUCGCAAAGUUUAGCCGAUUAAAAUUAAGAAAACCGUAUGAUAUAGGUGAAUAUUAUAAUGAUAAUAGUAAUUGAUGAUAACAGAGCGAAUGGCCAGGAGAAAUUGGGGGGAAAAGGACUGCCAGGGAGCGAAUGACGACGCAUGAAGCGAACACAUGCUUUUUUCUGGGCGACAGAGCACAUUUCCUCGAUUCGAGUGUGUAUUUAUUCAGUUUAGUUACGGAGAAUGUGCCGCGUCGCCGCGCCGAAGUUGCACACAAAUAAUCACGGUGAGGUGCGAGGAGCCCGUUCUUGGCGCGAUGAACCCGUCAUUCGUGGGAUUGCUUUCCUAAGAAUAUCAAAAAAUGUAUCUGUGACGUUCAGCGUUUAAAUAUUCCCUUCUUCGCUAGGAAAUAUUUCAUUCUAUUAGGGUGAAUCGAAAGUUUCUUUUCCAAUUUUUCUUCCUUCUUUUUUAACGAAUGUUUAAAGUGAAUAAAAGUAUUGAAUCCCUCCAGGGAUGAAAUGUUUAAAGUAAAGUAAAAUUGGGGAACCAGUAAACAUACCUUGAAGCCCUAUAGAUUGAUAAAAUUAAAAAUACACAUUUGUUAGCACUUAAUACACAAAAGAGCUACGAAAUAACGUAAAACCAAUUUAGCUUAAUCAUUCGGUGAAAAAAAAGAACAUAGAAGGAAGAAAAAUCGGAGAAAACCGUUGGUCCACCCUAAUAUAAUUCAGAUUCAAGUUGAAUAGCUAACGGAUGAACGAAACGUGUUUAUUUUUAUUCGUUAUUCGAAUUCUUGUCUAUUGAAUCUUGUCUAUCUCUGCUUUCGAAAUUAUGGUCGGAUCUUCCACGCUGUACCAGCUUUCCUCUGUCGCAAACAGAUGGCGCUCGAAGGCAGAAGAUGUUGUGGUGGGGGUAACCAAGCGGUAUUGUGAGGGUAGCUCCUCGGCAACCCCGAGAGACCAAUCCACUUCGAAUCGAUAAUUGUUUCUUCGCUUCAAAUUGUUUUCAGACCUUUCCAGCAAAGAGCUUUCCUUAACUAUUAACGAUACGCUUAGUCCAUCGAUUUUUCGAAAGGACGAGUUCAUCGUUGCCCCAGACGGCGGAUCUGCGACUAAUCUUCCAAAUAGUGAUACAUUCCAUAGAUAAAGAAAAAAAACGAGUAGGAAUCCACGGUUUGUCUGAUCAAAACUUUUUUUUCUAAAAUGUGAGAUGGAGGAGAGAGGUCGGGGCAGAUUAAGAUUUUUUUUUCAUUUCGAUCGACAAUGGUAAUGGCGCGAGAAUGUUUGAAACGAGUGAACACAACGCGCAUUUGCGCGGACACACCCGUUAGAGAAGUCAAAGAAACGAGGGAUACGAAUGAAGACAAAAGUAUCCUCGACCGUUCGCCGAAAGUGUGCACGAUUAAUUCCGAUUACGGAGUUUCGCUUGUCACGAUACAUAAGUAUAAUUAUACUCGCGCUCGAGAGACAGAGUGAAAGUGAGAGAGUGAGACAAAGAUCGAGAGAGAGAGAGUAUGUGUGUUUGUCGCGCGAAAUUAGAAGAGUAUAUAAUAGUUUUUUUUUUUUUUUUUUUAAAGAAAAAGAAAUGAAAUUCUCAUUGGGCGGAGCGACGACGCGUUAUUAUUGUCUUGUAAAAUAUUGGGGCCACGAAACAUAAUCUAAACAACAAAAACGAUAAAAAUGAAAAUACCAAAAAAAAAGGUAAUAAUGAAAAAAAGGUGAAGAAGGGAACGAAGGAGAAGAACAGGUGCUCUAAUUCUCACGUUGAUGAUAUGCGAACAUCGUAUGUAAAUGUAAAUCGAGAGAAUCAAGAAUACGGAGGUGGUGAAACAAAGUCGCCGCAUGUUCCGUUCUCUUUUUGUUUUUUCUUUUUUAAAGUUCAUUUUUCUAUUAUGCGUUUCGUGCACGAGCAGGGGAGGAGAAAGAGAGAGUGUGAGAGUGAGAGAAAGAAAGAGAGCGAGAGAGAGAGACGGGAGAUAUGGAAGAGACAGGCUAGUGGAAAAGAAAAAUGGUCGACGAGGUGUACUCGCGGAAAGAGAGCAUUAGGGACCAACCAAAAACCGGAGAGCAACAAGCGUGCGCUUGGUGGUGUCGAUUGUCACGGUGGAUCGUUCUACAUUUUUCUUUACACGUCGAGAUGAAAGGACAAGGGUGAAAGUUAUACCAGUGCCUCGAGUCAUUCGUGACCAAUCAUCGACGUUCUGUCGUUUCAAAGAGACACAGAGGCCGCGACUCGAGCUUCCAACGUCGGAGGAGGAAGAGAACCGGAAGCAAACGGUGACACAAGGCGACGAUAACGCUGGCGAUCGCAUUCUUUACUCCAGCACUGUCCAGAAUUCAUUGAUAACGCGACAAGGAUAAUUGACAGACUUCGGUGAGAUUAGGAAUAAAUCCGGUAACUUCUUUCACCCUUUUCAAACGAAAUUGUAUACAGCUUCUGAAAGAAAUUGUAUGGUAAGGUCAGAGACAAACAUUGAUGAUGGAGUAUGACUUGAGAGGUUUAUUUUAAUAAAUUCUAAAAUUGAGAAUUAUGUGACACAACAUUUUUAUUUAAUUCGUACUCAAAUGGUAAAUACUACGAAAGUAUUUGUAAUCAGUUUCUAAAAGGUCGAUAUUUUAAGUGGAUUUCAAAGUGAUCUAAAUAUAGAUUCAGGAAGUUCGAUUGCUUCAAAAGGCUUUUGUUUUUUAUAUGAAUGACUAGCAACUUCAAGGCAAUUUUAUUAAAAAAUUAAAGGUAUUAUUUUUUACACAAAUUUUAAUACGAGCAUCAGAAUGUGAUUAAGUGUAGGAACUUUUAGGCGAAUAAAUAAGGACUCGAAACAAAUGUUUUUGUGCGUGUAAUUUUGGCUGAAAUCAGUCGAUCAUUUUUGUCACGUUGCGAAUGAAUUCUGGUCCACUAUGCGAUGGUUAAGUAGUAAAAGUCGGUUUCAACUGAGAAGCGAAUGGAUUGCGGGGUGUGUGUCGGUACGUCGAGAACCACUCGACCCGGACGGAUACACCUCGGUUAAUUUAUAAUAUUUAUAACUUUAUACGAUACACGGGCAUUUCGCAUAGAAUAAAAAAAAAAAGUUCCAAUGUUGAAUCUCGAACUGUUAUUAAUAAAAUGCGUUGAGUUCCUAUAAUCGUUUGUUUUCUACUGAAUUAUCAUCCGGAAGUUUAUUUAGAUUGACUCCGUGACCAAAGAGGCUGGAAAGAAAAGGAAUUUCAUGCACUUAAACAACGUUCCUUGAGUAUAUAGAAUGUCUCAGCAGUCGAACUAGAGUUGUUCUUCUCGAUAAGAUCAUACCAAAAUAUUCUACAUUUUCAAUUUGUUUUUGGAUUAAGAAUCGUCCCUUUCUCGAUUGAUCCGUGAUUACUUUUUAAUUUCCUUCCUACUAACGCUUCCCACUAUAUUAUCGCAUUACUUUCCUUUUUUACUGUUUUAAGAUUAGGUUAACAACAGCAUAGAGCUGUACCUCGCGUCUGUGCCAAAUGUAUACUUACUUUUACUGCUGUAAAUUCAUUUUCUUCUCUUUUCUUCUGUUCUAACGUCGUAUUGUUACUAUCACUGAGACACCUUGUAGAUGCAGCAGGUGGCUAUAAAAGAACUAACUUUUUAGAACAAGGCUGAAAAAUUGUAAGAGUGUCUUUGUUGUGAGUCCAAAGGGAUAUUUUCCACGUACGAAGCCAUCCACGCGAUAAUCCUGCCAAAACUUCGCUCAUUAUCGAUUCCAUCGAGCCUGUCGUUGCCAAGCUGGUUCUCCUCGUCCUCCCGUUUCCCGUAUAUUCGUUUUAUUUUAUAGUUAUUUUAACGUUUACCCCAAUUUGUUUUUCCUACUGUCCGCGCAAUGUAAAUUACUGGCUAAACAAAAGUUUAAAUUUAAAUUCCGUGCAAGUAACUGUAAAAGCAAGUGAACGUAGCGAAUAAUUGCUGUUUGGAGAUUUUAUUUGUCAUCAAUUGAAGGGAAAGCCUCAUUAUUUUUCGAAGGCGUUCCGCGGCAUCUCCAUCUGCGCGACAGUCCAACAUUAGGUCGAAUAGCGGCCUAACGUGUAGUCACGACGAAGCGAGUUAGGGGAGGAGGAUCAAUAUCACGGUUAGGGAGAGACCAGACUGAAAAUAGGAGCGAUGAGGAAUAAGGAUUGCCAGAGGCGAGCAAAAGAAACAGAGGUGGAGGUGAAUCACCGAAAAUGUCAAGUCGACGUUCUGGCCUCCUCCUGAAAUUCCAAUCGACGAUGGCGAUGCCCCGGAUCGCGACUGAUUCAUGCAAAACAAUAUUUCAUUUAAUAAUUCUAAACGUGUAGUCAUAUGACUGCGAUAAGAAUGAAAAUGUAAGAGUUAACAGGUGAGUUUUGAAAAAGGAAUCAGUGUUAAGCUUAUGAAAUUUUCGAGUUUUCUAGUUUUACAAUAGUCCUCGAUAAAGCUCAGACUUUUCCUCUAGUUUUGAGAAGAAUUUUGUGAAAUAUUGAAUACGAAGCUGGGUCUCAUUGAUCCAAUGCGCAAGCACAACGACGAUCCACUGGCCGACAUCGACAUACCACGAUGCUCCCAUCUACAGACAAGUGUGACUCUUGAAAAUUAUGAAACGCGUUAUCAGUUAGCUGACCUUUGCGAUUAAUGGGGAAGAAGAGAGAUACGUUCGUGCGUCUAGAAUGAGCCUUGCCUGUUCAAAUUGUUGUAUAUUUAUCAAAAGACGAUUGCACACGAAGAUGCACGACACUCAAUUUUGCACUAAAGAGUAAAUUUUUAAAUUUGCAACGAUUCAAUAAUUAAUAGACACGAAUCUAUUAAUUGAUGGCUAUAUGAAUGUUAGUAUAGCUAAUAAUUACCUUGAAUCGUCAGUUACCCUGCGUCGUAAAGGUCAGCAGUAUCGACAGACAUCUAUUCGGAGUUCUUGUUACUAAAAUGAAGCUUCGAAAUUUCACUGGAAAGAAAACAGAGUGAAAAAUAGGAUGUGAUGAGUUUCAAAAUUAUAUGAAACCGAACGGUUCUUGUAUCCAAUUUAUUUUAUACUCGCUUACCUUGCGUAGACCGUCGACUAGAUCAUUUUCCAUCGAUCCUCUAUUUACGAGACGUAUGAGAAACAUCCUCGAUGCCCGUAAACAUCCUUCGAACCUCGUCACGAUAAAUUGUUUGCUUUCCGAGGUCGGUUUCUUCGUGUGUCUCCUGGAAACGACAAGUAUAUAUAUUUUCCUAAUUUUGUUAAAGUUUGCAUUUUAAUAAAGAACCAAUAGAAUUUUA